GUGGGGGGGGGGGGCAGGUUUCUCUCUCCUUAGCCGAGGACGGUUGGCGCGCGGGUUGCGCGCGAUGCCGCGCUGACUCCCUGCCUCUGGCGGAGGCUGCCGCGCUCCUCUGCUGGCCGCGGUCACGCCCCGGUUCCCGCGGCGAGGUAGGCUAGGCCGGGCCGCUCCUGCCGCAGAUGGAGACCAUAGAGGAGCUGGCGCUGGCGCCCUGCGCCUCCUCCCAGUACCUGCGGCCCUACCGGCUCCGCUACCGGCAGAAUGGCACUAAGAAGUUUUGGGACUUUAUGAGGACACAUGACAGUGUCUCAAUCCUGAUAUUUAAUUCCUCUCGGCAAUGCUUUGUUGUGGUGAAGCAGUUCCGCCCAGCUGUUUACAUGUGUGAAAUGGAACGGCACCGUCCUCAAGACUUUCAAAGUAAAGAUCAGGAUAGCUGGUGUCCUCUAUUGGAUCCCUUACCAGCUACAGAAGGCGUGACCUAUGAACUCUGCGCUGGCAUAGUAGACAAGCCAGGACUUUCUUUGGAGGAAAUUGCAUGCAACGAAGUCUUAGAAGAGUGUGGUUAUGACGUUCCCAUUACAAACCUGAAGAGAAUCACUUCGUACAGGUCCGGAGUUGGCGUGACAGGUUCUAAGCAAACCUUAUUUUAUGCAGAGGUAACAGAUCAGAUGAAAACUGGAGAAGGUGGAGGCCAGCCUGAAGAGGGAGAGCUGAUUGAAGUUGUAGAAGUACCUUUACAGGACUCAAUGAAAUUUGCUUUUGAUGAGCAUUUCCCUAAGACAAUGGGCGUUAUCUUCAGCUUCAUGUGGUUCCAAAGCAAUGUUGCCGUGAAGCUGCUCGAAAAAUAAAAAUGAGCACCAUGAUUUUCUAACUUGA